AUGUCUUCUCACGACAGACAUCCAACCUCACCUAGUAGAGGUCCUUCGACCGAGUAUGGCAACUCGACUCUGACUCACAACACCCGGACUGCAUCAGUUCCACACGUAAAUGGAGAUGAUGGCAAUGCCAGGAAUUCUGCCCUGCAUCGCUCUCCUACUACAGGCCAUGGGGCUGACCUAAUUCAUCCCAAACCUCAACCAUCCGGUACUCUAACUCCUUCGCGACCGCUGGGCACGACAAACAUGUCCAAUGGCAAUGCAAAAGGCCAAAAUUCCGGCUCUUUCGGCUCCCAUCAAGGCCGCUCGGUUCAGCCCCAUGUUCCAGCUCGAACAAGCGACCCUCGGGGUCUUCUACCUUCGCGGCAGAAUAGAUUUGUGCCAUUGCGAGGACAUCAGCGUCCGUCACAGCGCCCACAGCAGCGCGGCACACCAGCCCCAUUGACGGGUGCGAACCUGAGCGCUGCCCAGAGCUUGACCAUCGACAUGUUUGGACUCCCAACAGACAUCAAAAUCAAAGAAAUCUGGGAGUCGUUGACUGCUGAUCACCUCAGCAUCAACAGGAUCGAGAUAUAUGAGAAUGACGACGGAAAAAGGAACGGAAAAGUGAGAGUCAUGAUUGAGCCGCCUCCGAGCAGAUGGCCGACUUGGAGCGGGCCUGACGAUUCCAUUCCCAUCAACAGAGCAGACUCCUCAAAUCUGCGAGUAUCCUUUGAGGCGAGACCAUACUUCUCGAACAGUAUCCGAACGCCGUGCAAUAGGUACAUCCCUCCCAAAUUUUGCCGGAAGGAAUUCCUGCCCACAAAGUUGAUGUUUGGGAUGAUGGCCAGCGAAUCCACGAUGUUGAACCUGCCACAGUUCAGCUAUGAGGACAUUGUGAUGUUGACCAAGUUCUCCAAGAGACAAUUUGAGAUUCAAUUCAAGGUCAACGUCGGCCGUUACGGCCGUAAAGUCUUCAAGAUGCAAAUUGAUUUCAGCCACCCUACAAAGAUCGUCUGGGGCACCCGCAACAACGGCGCCUGGGCUUUGGCCAUGCAUUUACCGAAUCCUCCUAAACUUUACGGCCUCUUGCCCGUCUCUCAUGACGAUGAGCAGUCACUGUGGCAGGAAUGGGACUUGUGGGCCCGGCAGACCGAUAUUUCCAGCCAGAUGCACAGGCUGAAACACCUUCCCGCCAGGCUUGAGAAGCAAGCCGGGCAAUCUGUCGAGUUUGGCCGCUGGACAACCUAUUAUCUCGAGAUGGACACUUCUCAAACCGAGUGGGAGAGUGUCAGAACGUAUUUGGAAGAUUACAAUGUCAAGAUCAUACAGGUAGACCAGUUUGAUCUCGUUAGUCCCGGUGCCUCCAACGUCUGGAAGCUGCUCGACUACUCAGCCGAGAUGACACUGGAGCUUCUUAGCUCAACGAAUACCUAUCACCUCGACUUUCCAGUGCGGUAUCAAUUGGAGGUCUGUAUUUCUCAUGGACUCAUCAACGAAUACAGCGUCGAUGCCCAGUUUCUCGAAAAACUCAACAGCUUCGACACGGAUAGAGCCAAGAUGAUGCUCGAAGGUGUCGCUGAAGCUAACAGGCAGUUCUAUGAACCCAUGAGGAUUUUCGACGAACCGAGAAUACUUCACUACUGUCCCAAUGCAAGAAUUCCCCCCUACGCAACACUGGUCCGCAGGGCUGUUAUUACUCCCACCACGAUCUACUUCAAGACUCCUUGCGUCGAGUUGACCAAUCGCAUACUUCGGAAAUACUCUGACCUCACUGACCGAUUCCUCCGAGUCCAAUUUACCGACGAGAUGGCCUUUGGCAAGAUAUUUUCAUCACAGGAUUCCAACAAAGAUGACAACCUGUACACCCGUGUUCACAGGGUUAUGCGAAAUGGCGUUAUCAUCGGAGACCGUCAUUACCAAUUCUUGGCGUUCAGCAACUCCCAGUUCAGGGAGAACGGCGCAUUCCUCUUUUGUGAAACGGAUCAUGUCACUUGUGCAUCCAUCCGCAACUGGAUGGGAGAUUUCCGGCAUAUCCAUUCCGUUGGAAAAUUUGCCGCGAGAAUGGGCCAGUGUUUCACGACAACACGACAGGUCAAUGGUAUCAGCAUACCAAAACUUCGCCAGAUAAACGAUAUACAGCGGCGAACUGGUGACAACAUUUGGAACUUCACGGAUGGAGUUGGCAAGAUAUCCAACUUUUUUGCAAAGAUGAUUGCAAGCGAGCGUGAUUUGCCAGAGACGCCUUCGUGCUUCCAAAUGAGAAUGGGUGGUUGCAAGGGCGUUGUGGUCGUAUGGCCUGAUGUCCCAGCGAGCGAGGUCCAUAUCCGACCUUCUCAAGAGAAAUUCAAGGCCAUAUACAACGGUCUAGAGAUCAUCAAGACCUCUGUGUUCUCCCAUGCGACUCUGAAUAAGCAGGUGAUACCUGUACUGGUCGCUUUAGGCGUGGAUCAGGCUGUCUUCGUCAGUAUGCUCGAUGAUGAGCUCAAGGAGUACGAAGAAGCCAUGGCGGACUCCAUGAAGGCCGGCGAGCUCCUUCGAUCUCAAGUCGAUGAAAAUCAAACAACAUUAACAAUGGCGGAGAUGGUCGACACGUUCAUGGAUUCUGAAGAGCCAUUUCUCUGGACCUUACUUCGCUUGUGGAAGUGCUGGGUACUCAAGAGGUUAAAGCAUAAAUUCGCCAUCAGUGUCAAGAAUAGUGCGAUGAUUUUCGGCGUCGUCGACGAGAUUGGUGUGCUAAGGGGUCACUCGCAAGCAAUUGAGGGCAAGGGUUACAACCGUAUUGAGUCUCUCCCUCAAAUCUUCGUCCAGGUGCCUAUCGAGGGCACUGAUGGUAAACAUACUACCAAUUACGAAGUUAUUACCGGGCUUUGCGUCGUUGGCCGCAACCCAUCGUUACAUCCCGGCGAUGUGCGGGUUGUUGAGGCAGUGGACGUGCCUGAGUUGCGACAUCUGAAGAACGUGGUCGUCUUCCCAAAGACUGGAGACAGAGAUAUCCCAAGCAUGUGUUCAGGAGGCGAUAUGGACGGAGAUGACUACUUUGUCUACUGGGACCAGCGACUCAUCCCAAAGGAAUGGGACCAUCCACCACUGGAUCACGAUGCGGAAUCCUCGACUCCUGGGCUGGACAAGCCACAAGACGUGAAAAUCGCGGAUGUCACUAGGUUUUUUGCCCAGUAUAUGAAGAACGAUUCUCUCGGCCGUAUCGCCACAGCACACUUUGCCCAAGCAGACCAAUUGCCAGGGGGUGUCAAGCAUCCAAAGUGCAUCGAACUCGCCAAGCUUCAUUCCAAGGCUGUUGACUAUAUCAAGUCUGGCAAACCUGCGGUCAUGCAAAGACGCCUUCAGCCUAGGAAGUGGCCGCAUUGGAUGGAAAGGGACAAGUCCAGCUAUCGCUCUACCUCUGCGCUAGGUCAAAUCUACGACCGGAUCAAAAUCGAAGAAUUUCAUGCCGCUUACGAGAAGUCUUUCGACACUCGCAUCCUGUCGCGUUACCAGCUGGAAGAAGAGAUCCUGACAAAGGCCAGCGAGAUCAAAGCCGCGUAUGACAUCGCCAUGCGCCGGCUGAUGGGCCAGCAUGAGGCACCUGUUACCGAGUUCGAGAUUUGGUCAACAUUCAUUCUCUCCAAACCUCGUGUAGGUAGCGAUUACAAACUCCAAGAGAAUGUUGGCCGAGAGGUCGACGCAUUGAAGGCCCGUUUCCGAGCGAUGUGCAUGGAGGCAGUGGCUGGAAAAGAGCAGACGCAGACUUUUGCGUUCGCCAAUUCCAUGAUCAACCUGGAGAAGCUUGACCGAUUCGUGGCGGCGAUGUAUAUCGUCACUCACAACGAGGUGAGGGCCGCAGUGAGAGAGCGGUCGACGCCAAAGCCUGACGCGGACGGUAAAUUGGAGGAGAUCCAAAUGCCACUGAUUAGCUUCCCAUGGCUAUUCCAUCGAGAGCUAGCUCGGGUGGCAUUGGGUCGAGGGGGCGAAGUUCGUGCACUGCGGAAGUCUACCUGGAUGAACCGGGACGACAGCCAACAUGGCCAGCAGACAGAUGACGAAGAGCUGGUGGCUGACAGGACAGAAAUCGAGAUGCCGGACAAUGCCUUGCUGCCCCGUGGUAUUGGUCUGGAAGGAGACACACAACAACUCCUUCAGGAUGUCCGACCAGAGAAGGGGGGCAACGCAACUGAAAGAGGUGCUGUUUCAGAAGAUGGGGAGACCGGCGAAGACUAUGUUCGCACAUCGAGCGGCCAGGUCGUUCAUCGCGGCCAGAUGUUGACCGUUUUCACUAACGCUGGCGAGGAAGUUCAGGGCCAGCACAGCGCCAAUCCCGCCAUUUCAACGGGCGACCGUCCAGGCGCGCAGGCCGCCUUCGAUAGCUCCAACGGUUCCCUGGUCGAGGACGACAGUCCUGGCAGUUCCUAUCCUGCCUCGCCUAUGUCGGAGCAUGGCUCGCACGACGAGGCUGAGGAAGUCGAAUUUGAGGAGGUUGAUGGCGCGCAUUAUGGCGAGGACGAAGAUGCCCUUGAAGCACUAGCGAGGAAGAUUGGGAUGUGA